CAUGUCUUUUGCCAUCAGAAAAUUAUUUGUCAUAACUUUUUGUGUAGAUGAAAACAAGUCUCAGAAAUAAGACUUAGUAUUAUCAGGUCUUAUUACUUCAAGCUAUUAUUUUGAUGAGACUAAAACAAAGUAGUGUUUUCGAUAAUGGCACGGCACUUAAGUUUGUCAAAAGCAGUUAAGCAACCUGUUUUUUUACCGCCAUUCCAGAGAGUAGCAUUUGGACAACAAAAUUACACUGAAACCAAAUAUUAUAAAGAAAUGUAUGCCAUUCAUCGAAAUUUUGUGCUGAAAGCCAAAGCAAAAAUUGACAACAAAACCCCCAAUCCUCAUCGGAAUCUGGCAUUCAAGUUGGAUGUAUUAAAGAGAGAAGGACAACAUUACUUAGCAAUCGAAAAAGCUAACCGCCAACUUUCAGACACAUUGGCCAACAAGAAAGCUGAAGUAGACUGCUGGAAAUCCGACUGGAAUAGGUGGAAACAAUGUACUGGUGGACAAAGAAGUCGAGAAAAAAAACUUCAAGAAAUUGUGUUCGAUAACAUUAUCUUAUGGAAACACAUAAGUGAACAAAAGUCACAGUAUGAUUAUUUAUGCAAAGAACGGAAAAAAUUACUGCAGAAACGCAUGUUGCCUGUGAUAAGACCAAAGAAAGCAGUUCAGCUGCAGCUUACAAAACGAGCUACAAAACCGACACCUCAAGCAGAACCAAAGUUACCAUCAGUUCCAACAGACCCAACAAAACAAGCAGGAAGUAUCCCCCCACCUUCUCAAGCAGAAAGUAUCCCCCCACCUCCUCUGGCAGAACCAACUGUCACAGAAACUAAGCCACCUCCACAAGCAGCAGCAACAGAAGAAAAUGUACCCUCACCUCAAACAGAACAACCACAACCAGAGGAAAAUCAACCGUUACCACAAGCAAAAACUGCAGAAAUUUUACCCCCACUUCAAGAAGACCCAGCAGAAGCAAAAGAAUAAAUCAGUUAGUGGAUAUUUUCUUCCAUUUUUUAAAGCAUAGUUUGCAUUGAAUGAACCAUAAGGAAUUUCUACUUACACUUUUUCUGGGUCAUUUCUCCAAUGGAAGUAGAAUCCUGUUUGUUUUCCUGCUUACUAAAACUUCAAGAUCCUUUUUGAUUCAAGGUUUUUCUUGCACACUUGGAAUUUCUUUUCUAGUUCUACUACAAAUUCAGCUACAAAAACAAGGUUAUUAGCAUACAGUAGAUCCAAAGGGCAACUUGUCUUAAACUGUUUUGUUAUGGUCAGGAGAAUUAUGAUAAAAAGGUGGGGACUGAAAAUUGAGUCCUGGUGAACUCCUACCUGCAGGCUAAAUUCAUCACUGUACUGGUUUCUCUGGCUUUAUUAACAGCAGCUCUGUACACGUCUUGUAUGGUUCUCAUUAGGCAUUCAUCAUGUAUAGGCCUAUGUCUUUUCUUUCUACCUUAAAUGAAUUUGUGGCUGAAAAGUAUGUAU